CUUCAAUUCUGAUAAUAGGUGUCUGUAGACAUUUUCGCCCACUGAUCCAGGUGGACUAACAGACCGGUCACGUGAUCUACGGACAACAACAUUACUCGGCUGACUGAUAUAACAUAAACAUGCCUUCCAUUUCGAUCAUUUACCACGCCGACGAUGCUGAAAAGUGGGCCAUAUAUCUCAAAAAGCUUCUAUCAAAAUCCGAAGCCGACAUUUCACCUGUGUUGUGUGACUUCAAAAGGGAUAGUUUGAUAAUGGAAACCACAAUUAAAAAUUCUACAGUCGUUGCCGUCCUCAUAUCGCCCUGCAUGCUUGAUGACGAUAUAGAAAAUGCAAUCGAAGGGCUAAAAGACUAUGAAAACAUUGUGCUUUUAGAAUGCUUCACGACAAAAGAAGAAUUGGAAUCCAUUUUCGAUAAAUAUACCUUCUUUCACUCGCGUAAACUACUCACAGUGACUUGUGAUAAGACAGAAAUCUAUAGUCUAGUUUCUGACUUGUUGGAAAUUGUAGAUAGCACAGAACAAGCUGGCACGAAACGACAUCUUUGUCAGAAGAAAUGUACUUUGAAAUUUCGAAUGAUGCCAGACAUGGUUUACCAGCAGCCUUCAGUUGUGUAUCUUAAUUUCGAGCAAGAAGUGCAAGGCACUGUUACGGUGCGUUGUGGAGAGAGUAUAGUGUCUCGAAUUCACACGGAGGCUUAUAAUCCCUUCUGCGUUAUGUUCACAGCAAAAAAUUUAUCAGAAGGACCAAACAAAGUACAUGUCUUCAUUGACGACAACCAGGUUGGAACAUGUGAAUUGAAGUUUCAAUUACCUAUGUUAGCAGCGUACGAGUGUCCAUCCUACUUAUGUCAAUUACUUGGUAUAUGUUCAGAUGAUAGGGACACCUUGGAUAAAACUCUCGUUAAAAUCUUCAAGCAAAGCUCCCCAGAAGAUCAAUCUCACAUUUCAUUACUGCAAACGAAUAUGUCAGAAACUUUCCAAGACUCACAGUCGAGCUCUGAAGUACCAACGUUGCUACACUUUGCCGCCAAGAAUGGUCUUUAUGAUCUUUGGUUACACCUAAUGAAUUUACCCCGAUCAAGCGAAGUCUGCCGCAUCACCAACUCUAAUGGGAAAAAUGUGUACGAUUUAGCCAUGGAAUCAGGAGUUCCUGAUCUCGAGGACUACGCAAAGUCAUUUUUGGAAACUGAAGCCAUGGAGCUGGCAUUUGGUUCGGUUUAUCUCAAUAAGAAACAACUGCAGAAAUCCGAAACUAGUACGCCAGAGAGUGAAAUAAAGAUUUAUUCCAUACCAAUGGAUGUACCUGGUCCCCCAGCAAAGCCAGUGGAACACGAACAACCCAGUUCCAGUAAGUACGAUGAUCGGCCUCCACAGCCCUUCCCAAGGGUUUCCACUCCCGUUAUUCAGAGGAGAGAUAACACUGAGAAUGCUCAAAGGUAUGAACACGAAUCUGUAAGUGGAUCGCGUGCAAUGGACGAGCUCAUAGAAAUUACGAAGAUGACACAGGAGGGACAAUUUACUCAGGAAGAGGCCUUGAGACUCUUUGAAUCAUGGAAAAAGAGGAAUAGCAACCCUUCGGCUUCCGUACGUCAAAAACAACAAAACUUGGAGGAACUUCGGGAACAUUAUAUAGAUGUUGUUAAAAAGUCAUCUGAAGAUGAGAAAUCCGCCUUCAAUGGAGUGUUCGCGAUGUUGAAGAAGAGAUUUUCAUUGAAACAAAAGAAAAAAGUCAAUAUACCCAUAUCGGAACCCACGAACUGGAACGAAGCGCAUUGUUAUGCUUGGCGAACGUGGAACAGAGACAGCAGUCAAAGUUCAGCGUCCAGUGGUUCACGUGAAAGUCAGUUCAGUAAUUGUUCAGUUGACAGUACGAUGGGUGCUAGUAUCGGCGGAAGUGACAGCGAUGAAUCGGAGGAACCGACUGAAGUCAAGUUCAGGAAAAAGACGGAUAGUCAUCAGAAAUCUUCCAAAAGAGACAGCUAUUUAAGAAGAAUCUCAAAAUCGCCGGAGUUAGAUGUUCCCCCUCCAAAAAUACCUCCAAGAAAGUCCAUCCCACCGCCACUUCCAGAAAGAAAAUAUUCCUUCACUUAAAGCAAGUCAGCUGUUGAGUAUGUACUGUAUAGACGAGUCUGUGUUUCAUUAAGGCUGGAUAAACAUCUCUGGCUGACGGUAGUACCAUUUCUAGUUUCAUUCCUGGUUUUAUUUGCUAUUUAAAUGUUGUUUCGUGGUUUGUGUUUUUGUUUAAUAUUGAUGACGAAUAACGAUGGCAGUUUUGUACCAAAGACUACUUGUCCUGAAAUACACCAUUUUUGAUACCAAUCUUAUAAUAAAAAAAACUUGCUUUUAAUAACAAAAUGACAUUUGAUCUCAAAACAAGAUUGAAAGCUUUUUUUAAAUACCGAUAUUAUUUGUUAACAAACAAAACUGUUGAGUAUUUGUUAUAGACAUGCUUUUGCUAUUCAAUACUAAAUCACAUGUUGUGCAUUAUCAAA